AUGAGUUCUGUUGUUAAUGAUGUCUGGUGUCUUUUCUCUCUCUCUAUUGUAUCUUCUAUCAUCUCUCCAGACUCUGUCAGGCUGGUGACUGGGACCAGUCUAUGCUCAGGCAGACUGGAGGUGAAGACUAACCAGUCUAUCCAGCGCUGGUCUUCAGUGUGUGAAGAUGACUUUGACCAGCAGGAUGCAGAGGUGGUCUGUAGGGAGCUUGGCUGUGGGGCUCCUUCAGUCCUCCAGGGGGCGCUCUAUGGAGAAGUGGAGCCUCCAAUGAGGACCAAAGAGUUCCAGUGUGGAGGCCAUGAGUCUGCUCUCCUGGACUGUAGAAGCUCAGGCUCAGAUAGAAACACCUGCUCACCUGGAAAAGCUGUUGGACUCACCUGCUCAGAGUCUGUCAGGUUGGUGGGAGGAGCCAGUCGCUGUGCAGGAACACUGGAGGUGAAACAAGGAGAAUGGAGACCAGUGAGUUACUCUGACUGGAGCCUGAAGAGAGCAGCUGCUGCCUGCAGAGAGUUAGACUGUGGCUCUGCUGUUUCUGUAGAGAGAGAAGAGUCCUCAGACAGAUCUGUGUGGGGGAUCUGGUCUGACUGUGCUGAGUCUGGAUCUGUUCUUAGGGAGUGUGCAACAUCAUCUUCCUCUUCCUCCUUCCUUCAUCUCACCUGCUCAGACCUGCUGCUUCAGCCCAACAUCUCUGUGUCCUCCUCCAUGGUCGGGGUCUCCGAGGUGGACCAGCAGGAGGUGUUCCAGGUGUUCUGGGGCUCCAACUUCACCAUCAGCUGCUCCAUCCAGCCACAGUACCCAGGAGGCUCCUUCCAGCUCACCUUCACCUCCUCCGACUCAACACACAGCUACACCCAGCCAGCUGUCAAUCACUCUGCCCACUUCCUGUUUCCUGCUGCAGAGCCCGCCCACCAAGGAAGCUACAGCUGUGUUUAUCACCUCUAUGUUUUCUCUCAUAACUUCUCCUCUGAGAGCCGUGUGCUCUCUCUCAGCGUCAUGGAUCUGAGGCCUUUAAUCAUCAGAGCGAUCCUCCUGCCGCUGAUUCUGCUGGUGGAGAUCAUUGUCCUUUACUUCUACUGUAGGGCCAACAGGGGGCAGCUGCCGUACAAACAGAAGAACAUUGAUCUCCAGGCCAACAGGGGGCAGCCGCCGUGCAGACAGAACAACAUUGAGCUGGAUUAUUAUAACCUGGGUGUCCCUGCAGCUGAAGGAGGGCCGACUGAAGAGGAAGGAGCUCAGGGAGCUGAGUAG